AAAAUGCAAAUUGCAAAUCUAAACCUUUUUUAUCCAACAAUUUCUAAAGAAAUAAUGGAUUCAAAAUUAAAAAUUGAUAUCGAUACGUUCAAUACAAGUUCAAGAAAUAACAAUAUGUUAAAUCAACCCGAAGUAAUUGUGCUAUCCGAUAUAGAUGAUGAGCCAGUGCUA